GGGCAGGAUGACGUCAGCGAUCGCCGACGAACUUGGAUUUCCUGUUCUGGCUUAUCGCAGGCAAAACCGCUAAUCCACUCUCAAAUUCCCGAAACGACCUUCUACGCCGCGACAUGCUAGGCUGCAUCUUUCUUCUUGUCUUCUGAAUUCCUUCUUUGCAUGCGAUUUUCCCAUCAAGGAAGUUAAAAUAGCACCAGUUGAUCUGUUUUCCAAUUUGUGUAGCGAUUACGGGCUAGCUCAUUCGGCUUCCACAUCAUACUCUCUGUCGCCCGUCACAUCAAUCCAUAUGCUUGUCUCCUAUAGUGCCUUUGUCUCCGAACCAGUAUCUUCCGGCUGCCGGUCUGUAAACAUGCUCGUAAUUUGUCACAAGCGGUCACAUUGGAACAUCUAUCGCGUCCCGCUGCGGCACAUAUAUACUGCAAUGGGCCUUCCUGGACUCGUCUCUUUCACCUGCAAAGGGCCCCCUCCAUUCCAUUCCUAUACCCCCAUCAUGGCCUCCGUCAACAGCGUCGUAAACUUUGAGGGCUUCUAUGGACCUGCGACCGCUACUUUAGACUGGUGUGAAGCCAACUACCAGUUCUCGUUCUAUGUCGCAGAACUGGUUAAUACAUUCUCUAACCUCUACUCUAUCGGACUAGCCGUGUACGGUGUACUCAACAUUAUACGUCAAUCCCUUCCGCCGGUCUACACUAUUGGAUUUAUUGGCUUUGCUACCGUCGGCCUCGGGAGUUUCGCUUUCCAUGCGACGCUGUUGUUUCAUUGGCAACUCGCCGACGAACUGCCUAUGGUCUAUGUCGCAUCGUUGGGCUGCUGGGUUUUAUACGACCGCUCGCCGGGCUUCAGCUUCGUCGAUUCUCGCGCCUUGAUUACUCUUUUCAUGACCAUCGCGUUUGACGCGCUAUUCACCUGGAGCUACAUCAUCAAUCGGAAUCCUGUCUACCAUCAAGUUGUGUUCGGGACUAUUGCAUCAACCAUCGGCGUUCGAAUUGCUUACCUUCUGAACUGGUCUGAGGAACGAUUCCGUAUUCCAGACGACAAGAAGGCAGAAAUUAGUAACGUCUUUGACAACAUAUUCUGCGAUCCUUUGACAGCCUGGAAAACAGCAGUUGGCUGGCCGUUGGCUUUCCUGUUCGAAGGACAUGCGUGGUGGCACAUCUUCACGGGAACAGGCACCUACUUUAUGGUAGUUGGUGUUACAUGUAAUUCGCUUUGCAUGAAGGACGAUCACCGCAGCUAUACGAUGCAACAUCCUUACGGAUUUCCUAUAGUAAAAUAUGCAUAUCACAAAGCACCAUAAUCUUUGCGAGAUCUCGGGUCCGAGGAUAGUUUCUCAUAAUUGUUGUAGAGAUGUCAGGGCCAAGGGGACAAUUAUUUAUUGACAUUACUUUUACUGAUGAGCGGGGGUGUUUAUAGAUCAGGGCGCUAUUACGAGUGUGAAUUAAGACACGCAGCGGAUAAUAGAUUUACCUACUUACCUGGUUUACUAUGGGACCGGUUCGCUAACUUUCCAUCUGAGGAAACCAGCGACAUCCACUGAUUGCAAUUUGUUUUCCCCGCGCCAGUUCACGAGAUAGUCUUUGACUAAUGCUCCUUGGCCCGCCAUGAAGCCCUGUUCGUACAAGCUCAUUUCAUCGUUUCCCGUAAUAGACACGGGAUUGAAUCCGACAAUUUGCUGAGCGAGGGCAUG